GUAAUCCAGCAACUGUGCAGAAGAAAAUACGACUUGGCUCUAGACGGCACGGGAGAGAAGCUGCAGAAGCGACAGAAGAUUGGAAAAGACACAACGUGAUAAAACCGAUUCCACGGUUCCUGAAAAGUAAUCCUUGAAGAUCUGAGUUCAAACGACUGGGGCCGUACGCAACACUGGGGUGUUUACCACCAUUAGACGUGUCUUCUCUGAGGCUGAAUUUUGGAGCCGUUUCUAAUCGAGGCUUGUUUAUCAUUGACAUUCCCCUUGUAUCAACAAUGGUGAGCACAUCUCAACGGCUAGCUGUGGCUAUCAUGUGCCUCUCAGUAAUGUGCCUUGCACAACCACGAACAAACUUCAACAGAAUCUUUGGACCGACAUAUGGUAAAAGAUCACAGACUGGCAUGAGGCCUCAACACUAUCUUAACCUGAUGGAUGGUGCCGAGGGUUCAGAAGAGUUUGAAAGGGAGCCUGUAGAAAACCUGAUGGCUGGGUACCUUGCUCGUCUUUCACCAGGGAAAAGGCAUAUGCUUUCAAAGUUAUUGGAAGUGGCAAGGAUGGACAAUGAACUGAGUGACGAGUGAAUGUUAAACGAGCCAGCCUGCCGUGAAGAAAACCCAACUUCAUGCCAGAAUCAAAUAAUGAAAAAAGCUGUCAUUUUCAAACGAAAAUAAACCCGUAGAGGACAACGACCUAUGCACUGCGCAGCGACUCAAAUAACAAUGAAGUCAAGGGUGGAAAAAUCAACAUGCAGUAUAGCUGGGGAAAGCAAUACGAGUAACCAAAAGUUUUGACCAGCUCUAACUACACUAAAGGACAGAAAACAUUUCGCUGGUCCAGCAGCAUGUUGAAUUUUGCAUACUUGUUCACAGUGAUACAGGCGAAUUUCUACUCAAGGUAAAUGAAUGACAUCAUAAAAUUUUAUCUUCUUCUUUCAAUUUGGAAUUCUUCUUUGUUUUCAAAGGCACAUAUAACCUAUAUUUGUACCUUGGAAGGUCUGUAGGAAGAUUGCAAAACGUUCAACCCAUUCACCAACUCCUACCAAAAAUAACGGACGAUAAAGGAAGUAAACAUCAUUAAUAUUUCGUGACUAAAACGAAGACGGAUUGUAUUUCUCAUAUAAAAAUUUCAUUUAAGAACGCAAUGAGCCUUUGUGUUUCUGAAACCUGUUACUGAAACAAUGUGAAGGACACUAUUCAUUCCAUAAUUUACUUGUUUAAUUAAAACUUUUUGAUCACUGCAGAAUAUUAGGAACCGAUUCAUAAGCAAAUGCUUGACAAUUUUGAGCUGUAAUACAAUACAAACGAGUUUUAAACUUCAGAAGAGAAGAAUAUGUACCUUGAUGCAGCCAUUCAUUUUGAGGUAGUCCUUAUUUUGCUCAGCAAUGCAACUGAAUCAUUAUGAAUGUUAAAGUAUGGAUAUAAUACGAAAAUAACUUUCUUUCAAGCACUCCGACGUACAGAGCCUUAUUUUAGAAGAAAGCUGUCACAUUUCAAAUUAUUGCACUUAAGUUUUGUUAAAGUAAGUUGCACCACUAAGACGUCUGAAAUAGGUAAUUUUUGUCAAAAGUAAAAUACAGAAGCAAUCUUCUACUUUAUACGCAUGCUUACAAAUUUGACGCAAAUAUGUCCAUGCAUCGUACUAAUGGGGAAAAUAAAUUUGUUCUUAUUUUUGUUUGUUAAACUCAGUAGGUAAAUAUUCAAUUUAGUAGAAAUCUAGAAGUAGUUUGUCUUUUAUAUAUUUUGUUGAAGGAAUAUUUAGUUAGACGCCGGUUAUUGGGAAUGGCUAGAGUACUAAUGCAAUUUCACGCUAAUGGAUAAGUUAUUGUGCCCUUGGUAACACAGUAUCAAUUACCAAUAAUACAACGAACAUACCAUUUCAGGUGAGCACUUCUUGCGUUCUCCUUAAAAAUACAAAGUUCAGAAAUCCCAUCGUUGAUGUUGCAGCAGUUUGACUUGAACAAUUCCCAGAUGCAUCCCUCCUUUGUAGCCCCCUUAUUCUGAGUUCAACAUCUCCUCCUUGACAGCAGCAAAAUCGUUCAGAACUGCCACUUUCUUUUUAUCAUUGUUAGUUUUAGAUGCAGCGACGAUUUCUUGCAAACUACCAACAUGCAUGCGUAGACAGCUAUAAGCAGAUUCUGUGUAAAAUGUUAAUGCCCAACCCAGUCGCUUUUAGUGUGUUAUUGUGCAUAUAACAACGCCUCAUUACAGUUAUACACCUUUUUUCCUGAAUUAAAUAUCAAGACAGUUUGGCACUCGUUAAAUCUAAGGAAUUUAUCAUAUUCAGUAUCAUUACUCUCGUGUAUACAAUAUCAGGGGUGAUUUGUAAAUGGUUUGGGAAACACACCAUUAGCCUUCUAUGAUCAUUUCAUCUUGUGUUUUUGAGGAAUAAAAUGGCGACAUAUUGAUUUAGCUACAAUA